AUGUUUUCAACUGCAAUAAAUCCACAGUCAUUGUCUACUCCAAGCUGGCAGAUUGAGACCAAGUAUUCAACCAGAGUGCUCACUGGAAAUUGGAUGGAAGAGAGGAGGAAGUUCACCAGAGCCUCUGAGAAGACACCCCAGUCCAUUUACAGAAAAGAAUACAUCCCUUUUCCAGGUCACAGGCCAGACCAGAUCUCCAGGUGGUAUGGGAAGAGGAAAGUUGAGGGGCUUCUGUACAAACACCUGAUCACUCACCACCAGGAGCCCCCGCAUCGCUACCUGAUUAGUACCUAUGACGACCAUUACAACCGGCAUAAUUACAACCCAGGACUGCCUCCACUCCGCUCCUGGAAUGGACAGAAGUUGCUGUGGCUGCCAGAGAAGGCCGACUUCCCCCUUCUCGCUCCCCCUACAAACUAUGGACUCUAUGAGCAGCUGAAGCAGAGAUGGCUGGUGCCCGAGGCUCGUGUGAAGGAGAGCAUCUAUGCGUCAUCCUACCCUAGACCGCCAUUGUGUGCUAUGUCUCGGCGGGAGCAUGCCAUCCCAGUCCCUCCACAUCGUUUGCACCCUGUCCCAAGCUUCUGA